AUUGGCUACAAAAAUAGGUUUACAACCGUACCAUCAUGGUGUCUGUAGAUUUCGCUGAACGGCCGGUCAAGAAGCUCGUGCUAUUCGAUGUCGAUGGGACGUUAUCGCCCGCACGUCAGAGGACAUCUCCAGAAAUAAUUCAGCUCUUGCGCGACCUCAGAAAGCAGGUCGCUAUAGGCUUUGUUGGCGGGUCUGAUCUUGUCAAGAUAUCUGAACAGCUUAGUAUUGGCGAUAUCAAUAUUCUGGAUGAGUUCGACUUUGGCUUCGCUGAAAAUGGCCUUACCGCGUAUCGACUCGGAAAACAGCUGGAGUCGCAGUCUUUCAUCAAAACGGUAGGCGAAAAGGACUAUCAGGAGCUGGUGAACUUCAUAUUGCAUUACAUCGCUGACGUGAAUAUCCCAAUCAAACGUGGGACGUUCGUCGAGUUUCGCAAUGGCAUGAUUAACGUUAGCCCUAUCGGCCGAAACGCAAGCGUCCAGGAACGUCAUGAUUUCGAGGCUUACGACAAGGUACACCAUGUUAGGGCAGACUUUAUAUCAUUUGAUGUCUUUCCGCACGGAUGGGACAAGACUUACUGCCUUAGACAUGUCGAGAAAGACAACUUCGAAGAAAUCCACUUUUUCGGGGACAAGACGAGCAAGGGUGGUAAUGAUUACGAGAUCUUCAGCGAUCCCCGCACUGUCGGGCACACUGUCAAGAGUCCUGCGGAUACGAUGAGAAUCUGCAAAGAGCUCUUCUUGUCAUAAAGUGCUCAAUUUAAGUUCGAAAGUAACAUGAAGUUGUACAUUUCCCUGAUGGGCCAUGUUAUGGAUUGGGUCUUCUGAGAGUUAGCUUAUAGAAACAUGAACAUGCCACGA